AUGGCGCCCCCGCUCUUCGGCACGUCGGCCGACGCGCGGUUCUGGCUCUGCCUCGACUGCUGCGGCCUGUCCUGCGCCUGCGCGUCGCAGGCCAUCAUCCUGAGCUCCAUGUACGCCGUGUCCGGCGACUUGGCCGCGCACGGCGGCGGCGGGUGGGCGACGCCGCUGAACCUGGCGGCCUUCAACGCCGUCGGGCUGUUGGCGUCCGUGAGCCACCUGCGGGCCAUGCUCAGCGACCCCGGCGCCGUGCCGAAGCGGGCGACGCCCCUCGCGCGCGACGAGGAGCGCGCGCGGCUCGCGGCGUCGGCGGCGAGCGGCUACCGGACGCGCGCCAAGGGCUGGUGCCACCGCUGCUGCAGCUACAAGCCGCCGCGGGCCCACCACGACAGCGUCACGAACCGCUGCAUCGUGAAGAUGGACCACUACUGCCCCUGG